AUGGAAUAUACAUUACUUAUCGAGGUAACAGAAAGUCUAGACGAUUGUUAUAAGUUUUUUAAGUCUGGCAAAUUGACUUUUGAGCGGAAGACUGAUUCUCGUAUUGAACAGAGUUGGAACCAUAUUCCAAUGCUAAGUUUACAUUCUUGUAGUAACAAAGUUUCCAUCGAAUCCGAAUGGUGUGGCCAUGGUAUUAUACGGCUUUUCAAGAAUGGCCACGCAUCAGUUGGUACCUUUGAUGAUAAAGAACUCUACCGGGAAUUAGGUGAUGGAAGGAUGCUAGCCAUACUAUUUAUUCCAAACUACUUGACCAUAAACAGACUAUUGGGAUGGUUUAUUGGAGAAGAAACAACCAAUCAAGUGACGCAUUUACAAUUAAUAAAAAUGAACAAGGAAAAAGGACGGUUUAUGCUUUUGAUGAAAUUUAAGGAACAAAGCUUGGCGAAAGAGUUUCAGAAGCUCUUCGAUGGGAAGAAGUUCAAUGAAAUUGAUCCAGAAACAUGUCAUGUGGUAGCAAUUAAGGAGCUUAUAUUUCAUCAAGGAAUGUUUAGUGAAGAUAAAGAUGCUCUCCCCUACAUGUUAAAAUAUCCGUUUACUCAGAGUAGUUCAGAACAAUCUGAUGGUUUAAUAGAACUACCUAUGUGUCCUGUUUGCCUAGAAAAAUUAGACAGCGAAGUUACUGGAUUAGUCACAACCCCUUGUCAACAUACGUUCCAUUGUAAGUGCCUAGAUCAAUGGAAAAACGGUAAUUGCCCUGUCUGCAGAUACUCACAGUUAAAAGAUGUUAAUAAUGAACCACUGCCGCGUUGUCUAGAAUGCGGUGAAACGAACAAUCUUUGGAUCUGUCUAAUUUGUGGACAUCUUGGAUGUGGUCGUUAUAAUUCUCAACAUGCAAUAUGCCAUUACGAACAAUCGAACCAUUGUUUUGCAAUGGAUUUGACAACAAAACGGGUAUGGGAUUAUGCGGGGGAUAAUUACGUCCAUCGGAUUGUUCAAAAUGAGAUCGACGGAAAGUUGGUGGAGGUGGGUGAAUCUCAUGACGGGAGUAAUACGAAAAGGAAUAAAGAGUAUCAUUUGGAAUACGUUCAAGUACUUUUGUCUCAGUUAGAAUCUCAGCGUGAGUAUUACGAGGGACAAAUUUACAAUAUGCAUGAAAGAGUGAAAUCGCUCGAGUCUGAUAUGCAAGUCAGUAGACAAAAAGAUGAUCACAAACAGUUAAAGAAACUCGUUGAAGAAAGUAUGCAAGAAAUGAAAAAUCGGCUUAAGGAAGAAAUGCUGCUCAACUCCGGACUUCAACAAAACUUAGAUCAUUUAACUAAACAGAUGGAAAAAUUUAGCCUAGAGAAACAGAAACUACAGGAUGAAAAUCAAGAAUUGCAGUCACAAAUUCAAGACUUGAUGUUCCAUUUUGAAUCCCAGGAAAAGUUUGCAGAGGAUUCAGAGCUUCAAAAUGCAACGUUAGUGCUUCAACCUCCUCCAGGUUCCGAAGCAUCUUCCAGUGCUAAGAACAAGAAGAAAAAGAAGAAGAAGAUUCCGAAAAUACCCAAAAUAUGA